AUGUUCAUCUUUGCUGUGGUGGCGGUGCAGCUCUUCAAGGGCCGAUUCUUUUACUGUACCGAUGAGUCCAAAGAGUUUGAGCGUGACUGCAGAGGCGAAUAUUUGGUGUAUGAACGCGAAAACGAAGUGAAGGCGCAGAAGCGGGAGUGGAAGAAGUACGAUUUCCACUACGACAAUGUGGCUUGGGCCCUUCUCACCCUCUUCACUGUGUCUACCGGAGAGGGGUGGCCGCAGGUGCUGAAACAUUCAGUGGAUGCGACCUAUGAGAAUCAGGGCCCGAGCCCAGGGUACCGGAUGGAAAUGUCCAUCUUUUACGUGGUGUACUUCGUGGUCUUCCCCUUCUUCUUCGUCAACAUCUUCGUAGCUCUUAUUAUCAUCACCUUCCAGGAACAAGGGGACAAGAUGAUGGAAGAUUACAGUUUAGAAAAGAACGAGAGAGCCUGUAUAGACUUUGCCAUCAACGCAAGGCCUCUGACGCGUCACAUGCCUCAGAACAAGCUGAGCUUUCAGUAUCGAAUGUGGGAGUUUGUGGUGUCGCCGCCGUUUGAGUACACUAUCAUGGCGAUGAUCGCACUCAACACAGUUGUGCUGAUGAUGAAGUAUGACGGAGCUUCUAAUACCUAUGAAGACGUGUUAGCCAACCUGAACAUAGUGUUUACCUCCCUCUUCUCCAUGGAGUGUGUACUCAAGAUCAUCGCAUUUGGAGCUCUGAAUUAUUUCAAAGAUGCCUGGAAUAUUUUUGACUGUGUGACAGUUCUGGGCAGCAUCACUGACAUCCUGGUUACUGAGCUUGGGAUGAAUAAUUUCAUCAACCUAAGUUUCCUAAGGCUGUUCAGGGCAGCUCGUCUCAUCAAGCUACUGAGGCAGGGAGAAACCAUUCGCAUCUUGCUCUGGACCUUCGUUCAAUCUUUCAAGGCGCUGCCUUAUGUCUGCCUCCUCAUUGCCAUGCUGUUUUUCAUCUACGCCAUCAUUGGGAUGCAGCUGUUUGGGAAUAUUGCAAUCGAAGAAGACGGAGAGAGUGCCAUCAACCAACACAACAACUUCAGGACCUUCAUACAGGCUCUGAUGCUUCUCUUUAGGAGUGCAACAGGAGAGGCGUGGCACGAGAUCAUGCUGGCGUGUCUGGGGGGUAAAGAGUGCGACCCCCUGUCAGGGAACACGGAGCCGGAGUGCGGCAGCCAGGUUGCCUACCUCUACUUUGUCUCCUUCAUCUUCUUCUGUUCGUUCUUGAUGCUGAAUCUGUUUGUCGCCGUCAUCAUGGACAACUUUGAGUACCUGACCAGGGAUUCAUCCAUUCUGGGACCUCACCAUUUGGAUGAGUAUGUCAGGAUAUGGGCCGAGUAUGAUCCUGCUGCUUGCGGGCGCAUACAUUAUAAGGACAUGUACAGUUUAUUACGAGUUAUCGACCCGCCUCUCGGCUUAGGCAAGAAAUGCCCCCAUAGGGUGGCCUGCAAGAGACUGCUGCGCAUGGAUCUGCCCGUGGCCGACGACAACACGGUCCACUUCAACUCCACCCUCAUGGCUCUGAUUCGCACGGCGCUGGACAUCAAGAUCGCCAAAGGUGGCAUCGACAAGCACCAGAUGGACGCAGAGCUGAGGAAGGAGAUGAUGGCGAUCUGGCCCAACCUCUCCCAGAAGACCCUGGACUUGCUGGUGACGCCGCACAAGUCGACAGACCUGACAGUGGGGAAAAUCUACGCUGCCAUGAUGAUCAUGGAGUACUACCGGCAGAGCAAGAUCAAACGCUCGCAGGCUCUCCGGGACGAGCAGCGCGUGGAACCGCCUACCCCCGCCCAGGACGGGGGUCCGGGACUCACCAACGCUCUGCCUCCGCCCGAGACGACGGAGACGGUCAACAGCCUGCCGGUGGAGGGGGGGGUCCCGGAGAGCCACUCGUGGGUGACGGCUCGUGCUCAGGAGAUAUCCCAGAAGGUCGGCAGCUGGAGCCCAGAGGGCCACCCUGAGGAUGGCUUGGGAAGCAUGAGCAACUCGCAGACGGUAGAGAUGAGAGAGAUGGGGCAGGAUGGGUACUCGGAUACUGAGCACUUUCCACCAAUGGAAGGCCACGGCAGGGCCGCUUCCAUGCCCCGCCUCCCAGGCGACAACCAAACCAUCAACGACAGCAGCCCCAUGAAGCGCUCGGCCUCGUCGCUGGGCCACAGCAGGUCCGGGCGCGGCCACAGGGACAAAGGAGGGCCGGACGAUUACAACAUGGAGCGCACGAUACCCGAGGAGGGCAGGACUUCCAGACACGGACACCGCCGAAAAGACCGGAGUCAUCGGGCGUCCGAGCGGUCCCUCUGUCGCUACACUGAGGGCGACACAGGCCUGGGCACAGACCUGAGCACCACCACCCAGUCGGGCGACCUCACGUCGAAAGACAAGGAUCGCGACAGAGAUCGCGGCCGCUCCAAAGACCGCAAGCACCACCACCAUCACCACCACCACCACGGCUCCGUGGACAAGGAGCGCUAUGUAGCAGAGCGAGGGGGCGAGUACGGACACCGGCACUCCCGGGACAGAGAGCACGACCGGGAGAGGGAGCGAGAACGGGACCGGCGCUGGUCGCGAUCGCCCAGCGAGGGUCGCGAGUGCAUGACGCACAGACAGGGCAGUAGUUCGGUCAGCGGAAGUCCUGUCCCCUCAACCUCGGGGACCAGUACGCCACGCCGAGGCCGCCGACAGUUGCCUCAGACCCCGGCAACGCCCCGGCCCCAUGUUACGUACUCCCCCGUAGUCCGUAAGGCCAUGCCCACCCCUCCUGGGGGGCCGCAGGGCAGACCCCCAGCCCCGGCCCCUCGCCGCUUUUCUCCAGAACCUCCCCAAGGCCAGGGCCCGCCCCCCGCUGGCCUCCCACUGGCCCACCACGGUACACCCCGCCAGGGUCAUCAUCCCCCGCCUCGCUGGGGGGACACAGGUGGAGGAGGGGGCUCCAUGGAAGGGGACGGCUGCUUCUACAACCAGGACUACCAGGACUAUGAGCCCCACCAUGAACCUCCUGCCUAUGAGCCAAACCCCAUGCAGGGUGGCAACCCCCACCCUCAUGCCCUGGUCAACCACCCACUGCCACCUCCCACGCAGCCACAGCCGCAUAACCCCCACCCCAUCCCUCCACCGCAGCCGCACCCCGUAAACAACCCCCACUCUCAGCCCAGUCGCACCUCACCAAGGACUGCCCACCACGCGCCUCCCCCCACCACCGCCCUGACCGGGCCAGUUCAGGGCCAGGUUCAGCCUGCCGCCCAGCGCCGUCUGCCCAAUGGCUACCGAUCUUCAUCGCCUUCCACGCAUCUCCACGGACCCCCACACACCGGGCCUCACAAGGUCCCCCCUCCAGCCGGGCAUCCUCGGGGUCCCCGCAAGGGCCUGCAUGAACCCUACAGUGAGACGGAGGACGACGAUUGGUGCUAG